AUGUUUUUUUCUAGUGGUUCUGAAAAAGGCCAUAAGAGAUCGCUUACGGGCUUCACACCCACGGAGAUUAAAGCAAUUGACAACUCCAUUCCACUGAAGGCCCGCGAAGCGUGGCAGAAGUAUGGAACCAAGGAGUUUGAGUCUGCGGAGGAACUGGAAGCACGGUUCAUCGACCAUGUGGAAACCACUUUGGCGCGGUCAAUGUACAACUGCGACAACCUGGCCGCAUACCAAUCUCUAUCGAGCUCUGUCAGAGACAAGCUCAUUUUGCGGUGGAAUAAAACUCAGCAGUUGCAUACCGUAAAGGAGGUGAAACGUGUCUAUUACUUCUCAUUGGAGUUUCUGAUGGGUAGAGCUCUAGACAACGCUAUAAUCAAUCUGGAUAUAAAGGACUUGUGUAACAAGUCCACGAAUGAGCUGGGAUUCCGUCUUGAAGACCUCAUUGAAACCGAACCAGAUGCUGGUCUUGGAAACGGAGGACUAGGAAGACUUGCUGCCUGCUUUGUGGAUUCCCUGUCUACCGGCAAUUAUCCGGGUUGGGGAUACGGUUUGAGAUACAAUUACGGAAUUUUUGCACAGAAGAUUGUUGACGGCUACCAGGUUGAAGCCCCUGAUUACUGGCUGAAAUUUGGAAAUCCAUGGGAGAUUCCUCGCACAGAGAUCCAAAUUCCUGUGGACUUCUAUGGCUACGUUUCCACUGAAAAGGAUGAGAAAACCGGUGGCCUGUAUAAGCAAUGGCAUGGAGGAGAGAGAGUUUUGGCAGUCGCUUAUGAUUUUCCUGUUCCGGGAUACAAAACAAGCAAUGUCAACAACUUGAGAAUGUGGUCAUCGCAGCCUACCACGGAGUUCGAUUUCCAGAAAUUCAACCAAGGAGAUUACACCAAUUCCGUUUCGCAGCAACAAAGAGCAGAGUCCAUUACGGCUGUUUUGUAUCCUAACGACAAUUUCUAUCAAGGAAAAGAGCUACGUCUGAAGCAGCAGUACUUUUGGGUUGCAGCAUCGUUGCACGACAUUGUGAGACGGUUUUUGAAAACUAAGAAACCAUUCUCACAAUUACCCGACUAUGUUUCCAUCCAAUUAAACGAUACACAUCCGACCAUCGCGGUGGUUGAGUUGCAGCGAAUUUUGGUGGACUUGCAGAAGGUUGAUUGGCAUGAAGCUUGGGACAUUGUGACUAGAACUUUUGGCUACACGAACCAUACCGUUAUGUCUGAAGCACUGGAGAAAUGGCCUUUGGAGCUAUUUGCCAACCUGCUGCCAAGACAUCUGGAGAUUAUCUACCAAAUCAACUUUGAGUUUUUGCAGGAGGUUGAGAGGAAGUUUCCUCAAGAGAGAGACCUGCUUACAAGAGUCUCUGUUAUUGAAGAGUCUUCGCCAAAAAACAUCCGUAUGGCUCACCUAGCCAUUAUUGGCUCUCAUAGGGUUAACGGUGUUGCUGAGUUGCAUUCCGAGUUGAUUAAGACGACAAUUUUCAAGGACUUCGUCAAGAUCUAUGGCUCAGAACGGUUUACCAAUGUUACCAAUGGUAUUACCCCUAGAAGAUGGCUCAAGCAAGCCAAUCCAAAGCUGAGCGAACUUAUUGCCUCAAAAUUGGGAGGCUAUGGAUAUCUCACCAAGCUCGAAAAACUCCAAGAGCUGCAAAACUUCCUGGAAGACUCAGAGUUCAAGAAAGCUUGGGUAGAAGUCAAGAAGUAUAACAAGGUUAGAUUGACUGAUAUGAUCAAGACGCUGACAGGCAUUGAAGUCAAUCCGAACAGCAUGUUUGACAUUCAGGUCAAGAGAAUUCACGAGUACAAACGCCAACAGCUCAACAUUUUUGGUGUGAUCUGGAGAUACUUGCAGAUCAAAGCCACUCCAAAAGAAGAGCGCGCUGCCAAAUGGCCCGCCAAAGUGUGUAUUAUUGGCGGUAAGGCUGCUCCUGGAUAUUACGCUGCCAAGAAGAUAAUCAAGCUGGUCAAUGCAGUUUCUAAUGUUGUCAAUUCGGACACAGACGUUGGUGAUAUAUUGAAGGUGGUUUUCAUCCCCGACUAUAACGUUUCCAAGGCUGAGACUAUUUGUCCAGCUUCAGACAUUUCCCAACAUAUUUCCACAGCAGGAACAGAGGCUUCAGGAACUUCAAAUAUGAAGUUCGUCUUGAACGGAGGUCUCAUUAUUGGUACUGUUGACGGUGCUAACGUUGAAAUCACGAGAGAAAUAGGUGAGGACCAAAUAUUCUUGUUUGGAAAUCUUUCAGAGGAUGUGGAGGAGCUUCGCCACGAACAUAACAUGGGCCGUUUAACUAUUCCCGAUUCUUUGAAUCAAGUGUUUGAUGCUAUUGAGUCGGGCAAGUUCGGCAGCUACGAAGAAUACCGCACGCUUGUGGAAAACGUCAAAUUUCACGGUGACUACUACCUUGUCAGUGACGACUUUGAAAGCUACUUAGAGGCACAGAGAACGAUUGAUAAGGAAUAUAAAGAUCAGGACAAUUGGACCAGAAAGUCCAUUAUUUCAGUCGCCAACAUGGGAUUCUUCUCGAGUGACCGUUGCAUAGAAGAGUAUGCAGACAAUAUUUGGAACAUUGAGCCAAUCAAGGAGCAAGUAUAA